AUGACAUCCCAGGGACCACAGCAACAUGGCCGCCUCUUCGCCACCUUAUUUCCUUGUUGUUUCAAGAACAGCGAUCACCCAGAAAUCACCCACGUCCGUGAUAAUAUCAGUACUGCAGCACUGGAGCCCACAUUACCGAUGCCGCCCCCUGAAGAGCUGGACUCUAUGUUCACUGAGCUGGUGGAUGAACUGGACCUCACAGAGGAGCACAGAGCUGGCAUGUUUGCAUUGCCAGCAGAGAAAAAAUGGAAGCUUUACUGGAGUAAGAAGAUGGAAACAGAAGAGAAUAGAGGAGCAACCAGCUGGCCAGAGUAUUAUAUUGACCAGCUAUGUUCAAUGACUGCAAGAAAGAGCCUGUUGGUUUUGGAGGAAAAUGAAGAUCAAGAAAGACAAAGAGUUUUAGAAGGCCUUAAGACAGCUCUGAGAACACAACCUAUGAGGUUUGUCACAAGGUUCAUUGACUUAGACGGCCUGUCAUGCCUCUUGAACUUCCACCAAUCAAUGGACUAUGAAACAACAGAGUCUCCGGUACAUACAUCGUUGAUUGGUUGCAUCAAGGCUCUGAUGAACAAUUCGCAAGGCAGAGCCCAUGUACUGGGACAUAGCGAGAGCAUCAACAUCAUCGCCCAAAGUCUUGCUACGGAAAAUAUUAAAACUAAGAUUGCCGUCCUAGAGAUUCUGGGUGCAGUUUGCCUGGUACCUGGGGGCCAUAAAAAAGCACUUGAGGCCAUGCUGAACUACCAGACCUUUGCCUCAGAAAGAACGCGUUUCCAGAAUUUAGUGACGGACCUGGAUAGAUCCACAGGUCGCUACAGAGAUGAAGUUAAUCUAAACACUGCCAUUAUGUCCUUCAUUAAUGCAAUACUGAGCCAAGGACCAGGCGAGACUAGUCUGGAGUUCCGUAUCCACUUGCGCUAUGAAUUCCUGAUGUUGGGAAUUCAGAAAAUCAUUGAUAAACUUCGCUCGCAUGAAAAUGAAACAUUGGACAGACAUUUGGACUUUUUUGAAAUGCUGAGGAAUGAGGAUGAGCUUCUGUUGUCCAAGCGAUUCGAUCUUGUUCAUAUUGAAACCAAAAGUGCAAGCCAGAUGUUUGAGUUGAUCAGGAAACGUUUAACCCACACCGAAGCUUACCCUCACCUGCUCUCGGCACUGCAGCAUUGUCUCAUGAUGCCAUUUAAGCAAAAUAGAACUAUGACUCAGUAUUGGGUGUUAUUGGAUCGGAUAGUUCAGCAGCUGGUUCUGCAGACUGACAAAGGGGAAAACCCAGAUGUUGCUCCCUUGGAAGACUUCAACGUGAAAAAUAUUGUUCGCAUGCUUGUCAAGGAAAAUGAAGUCAAACAAUGGAAAGAGCAAGCAGAUUCAAUGAGAAAAGAUCAUCAUGAACUUAAACAGCGUUUUGAAAAGAAAGAAAGGGAGUGUGACGCCAAGAAUAAGGAGAAAGAAGAAAUGAUGGAAAUGCUGAACAAGUUGAAAGAUAAACUGGAGCGAGAGUGCAAUGACCACAAACAAGCUGAACAAAGACUGGUGGAACUGUCCGCUCGGCUGGAGCAACUCAGCUCGACAUCCAAUGUCCCGGGUGGACCUCCAGUAGUGACACCAGGAAGUUUGGCUCCUGUUCCUGUUCCGCCAACACCUCCACCUCCAACUUUUGGCAAUGCUCCAUUUGCUCCACCGCCUCCACCACCACCACCGCCUCCACCUCCUCCUCCAGGAGCUCCUCUCGAAAAAGUAAAGCAGAAAAAUAUCCCCCAGCCCAAAAAUCCAAUGAAAUCAUUCAACUGGAGCAAGAUACCUGAGAACAAAAUUAAAGGUACUAUAUGGACAGAAAUUGAUGAUCUCAAGGCCUUCAAAGUUUUGGAUCUUGAAGAAUUCCAGCAGACAUUCUCAGCCUACCAAAGGCCACAAAAAGAAACUGAAGACGAUUCUGCUGCCGUAAGGCGAGCCAAGGAACUCUCUGUGAUUGACGGUCGCAGAGCACAGAACUGCAAUAUUCUGCUCUCACGGCUGAAAAUGACUAACAGUGAAAUUCGUUCAUCAAUCCUAUCCAUGGAUGAACAAGAAGAUUUACCCAAAGAUAUGCUUGAGCAGCUUCUAAAGUUUGUUCCUGAGAAAAGUGACGUUGAACUCUUGGAGGAACACCAGCACGAACUUGAUCGUAUGGCCAAAGCGGACCGCUUUCUGUUUGAUAUGAGCAGGAUCAAUCACUACCAGCAGAGACUUUCGUCUCUGCACUUCAAGAAAAAAUUUGCUGAAAGAGUGGAUGAUGUCAAACCGAAAAUCAAGGCUUUGUGCCUCGCAUCCCAGGAAGUAAUGAAGAGCCGCACACUGCGUCAACUCUUAGAGGUGGUUCUAGCCUUUGGGAAUUACAUGAAUAAAGGACAGCGUGGAAAUGCUUAUGGAUUUAAAGUCUCCAGUCUGAACAAGAUUGCUGACACAAAGUCAAGCAUUGACAAAAACAUCACUCUGCUCAACUACAUCAUCAGUGUGUUGGAGAAGAGGUUUCCUAACGUAGUGGCACUCAGUCAAGAGUUGCAAAAUGUUCCAGAUGCUGCAAAAGUCAAUAUGACAGAAUUGGAGAAAGAGAUUAACAACCUGCGAUCUGGCAUUAAAAAUGUUGAAGCUGAACUGCAGUACCAGCAAGGUCACAGCUCUCAGCACUCAGCUGAUAAAUUUGUUCCUGUGGUCAGGCAGUUCAUCACCGUGGCGUCCUUCAGCUUUUCGGAAGUUGAGGAAUCGUAUUCUGAGGCUAAAAAUCUGCUGGGCAAAGCGCUGCAACACUUUGGAGAAGACUCAUCCAAGCUGGAGCCCGACCAAUUCUUCGGGAUCUUCGACACGUUCCUCUCGGCUUUCGCGGAGGCCAAGCAGGCCAAUGCAGACGCCAUUAGACGCAAGGAAGAGGAAGAAAAACGCCAACUUCUGGAGGCCAAGAUGAAGAAGGACAGGGAACAGAAAGCAAAGAAGGCUCAAAUCAACACGGAAGAUGGCGGGGGCGAAUUUGACGACCUGGUGUCUGCGCUCCGCUCCGGCGAGGUGUUUGACAAGGAUCUUUCCAAAAUGAAUCGAAGAAAACAUCGGAGACAAGACACUUUCAACAACAGCCGGGAGAGAUCGGCAAUGAAACUCAAUCAGUGA